GAUAUCCAAUCACAUCACACCACCUUAAUCACUUUCAUUUUUCUUGAUAGCUCCUUUUUUGUUACCAAAAUCCAUUUCUUCAAAAUUACUUACUUGCAUAUCAUUGGUUCUUUUCUAUUUGAGGAUCUUACCCUUUUUUUAUGGUAGCUGAGUUGGUAUUUUUAUUUUUGCUGAGGUAUAGAAACUGAAAAGGAAAAAAGAACAGUUUUUCUUUUAACAUGCUUUUCUGUUACAUAAAUUAUUGAGUCUCUUUGUUGUUUCCUAAUUGGGUUUACACAUUCAUUCUGUUUACCUUAUCCCUUUCUUUCUUCUCCUUUGCUUCUAACUGUUUUCUAAAUUUGGUUAAGUUCUCUCAAGUUGAAGCUGCAGAAAAAAAAAACAUUUUUUCUCACUAAAAUAUAAUUUUAUUUUUGCUUAUAAGUAGUUUAUAGCUUUUUAAAUUCUGGGUUAUUUUUAGUUUUCUUAGUUCAAUUUUAAUAUCUAAAAGGGUAGUUCAUUGGAUUGCGAUCUUAUCUUAUAUUAUAAGUGGUUUUAAGAUUUUAUUUUAACACCAAUAUAAGAGAUAAUAAUCUUCUUUAAAUAUAGAGAAUUUUCUCUCAUUUUUUGAUCAAGUGGGUCUUUUCUAGAUUCUUUUAUGUUAGGAGUGAGAAAUUUUCUCACUCUUAACAAAAGGGUAUUCUUAUUCUUUUCAAAAAAUUCUCGUGGUAGGUUCUUGUAAAAUCUCCAACUUUGCUCUGUUUUCCUCUGUUUUUCUCUGUUUUUCUCUGUUUUUUCUCUGUUUUCUUCAUGAAGUUUUAGUUUUUUAAGUGAGUUUCCUGGGCUUAGAACAAAAAACAAAGGUUAACUAAGUUGAAAUUUGAUUCUAUAAAACAAUAAUUUAUUAUUGUGAAAAGUUGAUUUGAUGAAGUGGGAAAUGGAAAUUCUCCCUUCUACAUCAUUCACACCAAACACCAAUUGGUGUAUAGAAGAUAACAAUACAACAAAAUGGACACCUGAAGAGAACAAGCUAUUUGAAAAUGCUCUUGCAGUUCAUGAUAAAGAUAUACCGGAUCGAUGGCAUAGAGUGGCGGAAAUGAUACCUGGAAAGACGGUUGGUGAUGUUAUGAAACAGUACAAGGAAUUAGAAGAUGAUGUUUGUAAUAUUGAAGCUGGAUUGAUUCCAGUUCCUGGUUAUAAUACUCCUACUUCACCUUUUACCUUAGAUUGGGUGAAUAGUUCUAGUUAUGAUGGAUUCAAAGGUAGUGGAAAGAGAUCUCCUAUAGCUAGAGCAACUGAGCAUGAAAGGAAGAAAGGAGUUCCAUGGACUGAAGAAGAACACAAAUUGUUUCUACUAGGUCUGAAGAAGUAUGGCAAAGGUGAUUGGAGAAAUAUUUCGCGCAAUUUCGUCAUCACAAGAACACCAACUCAAGUAGCUAGCCAUGCUCAAAAGUAUUUCAUAAGACAACUUUCAGGAGGCAAAGACAAGAGAAGAGCUAGCAUACAUGACAUAACAACAGUUAAUCUCUCAGAAACUACAAGAACCUGUUCUUCAGAAGACACCAAUAAUACAUCCACUUCACCACAGAAUUCCAUGUUACUCUCACACCACCAACAACAACCAAGUUCUACUACUACAAAUUUUCAUUGGAGGAAUAAUCAACAAAAUGCUAUGGCUUUCAAUCCAGCACAUGAACAAGUUUUUAUGGCUCCUCAUGGUGUUAAUUCCUAUGAGAUUAAAAUGCAGGACCAAAAUUUUCAAAAGGGUCUUGUUAAUGAGACUUCUUAUCCUCACAAUAUGGUUUUCCAAAUGCAACAUUCAUCACAACAUUAUUCACAUGCAUAAAGGAUCAUUGUAGUGAAUUAUUAAACUCAAUAGUGCUUGCCUAUGAUUUUUCCAAUGGUUUAUGUGAAUAUCGUAUGUUUUGAACGAAUUCAACGAUUAUGCAAGAAAGACAAAGGAUCUUCUCACGGUGAUCGUGGAUUGAGUGAAGAAAGGUUUUGCGAAUGAAGGUGAAUCUAUGGCAUUGAUGGUUUAGUCCAGUGAUGGGGUGUACAUACCUGCAUGCACUUCAACGCUCAGGUCAGUAUAAUGACUGAGGUGAGUGAGAGGCUGAGAAUGAGACAUACCUUAAUUGGCGAUGAUGUAAGACUUGUAUAAUCACAAGGAGGUAAUAUUGGGAUUGGACCAGUCCAAAAAUCCGGUCUAAAACAUCUUACGUUAUAAUUGUUAGUUCUUGGCAUAUAAACUUGUAGGAAGGUACAAAUUUGUUUCUAUGUAACCAAUAAAACUUCCUUAAAGGAGAAGUCUCAAUGCUAAUAAGUCCUCAAUGUUGAUUUAUGGGUGGUUAUGA